AUGUCAAAAUCUGGUUCUCGAUAUGGGAGAAGAUCAAACUGGUUCAAGAUCCAUUGUCUGCUCCAAGAACAGCAGCAGCAACAUAUACAUCAUUUACAAUCGAGUAAAUCACCGCCUAAUUUUAAUUCAUCACUGAAUCCGUCUUUUCUGCCUACUAAUUUAUUACCUGCCGCAGCUCUAGCAGAAUAUUAUAAGAACUCAGAAAAAAGUCCAUUUACCGAAGAAAUGACAAGACAAAGUGUGUCCCCGUCUGAUUCCGGCGCUUCAUCAGCUGAUCCUGAAGAUGACAAUAGUUCCAGGAGUACUAGCGGUCUUAGUAUCUUCAGGCCUGCUUCAUCUCCGUGCAGCGAUAAAGACGUACGGUUACAAGCCAUUAGAAAUCAUAGCAAAGAUAAGAGACGAAAGCCAAACUUGCCACCCUCACCUUUUAGAAACGUCUCAGCUCCAUCAAGCUUUUCUCCAAGAAGUGGACCAUUUCUACCUACUCCAAUUCAAACUAUGAGAGCAGCACCACCUGGAAUUGCUUCGUGGCAGACUCGCAAUGGAGGUGACUUACUCUUGCAUUCACCUGCAGUAGCAGGAGUGGCCGUAGACCAAGACCAACCUAUAGAUCUAUCUAUAAAAUCUACCGCUAUGAUAUUUAGAAGCCCGAAGAAUGAUGAAGUCAGUGACUCAGAACCAGAAUUAAGCAUUGAUUUGAGCGAAGAGAAUAGUAAAGAGCUUAUGAAGAAUCCUUUAGACCUUUCACUUGUUCCAAAACGAACUGAGGAAGUCCCUAUGACAGGUUGA